AUGUUUGGCAUCAACUCAAGCGCCGUGGCCGUUGUACUAGCCUUUGCCUCCGUCCUCGGUACCACCUCAGCCGCUCCAUCCACGCCGUACUACUCGACGGCUUCCGAGGACGUCUUUGCACGCGAGAAUGGUCGGCACUCCUACACUGGACCUUACACCACGGGAGGUGCUUGGAGCAAUGGCUUUGCCAAGGCCAAGGCUCUUCUCGAUCAGAUGACCGUCGAGGAGAAGGUCAAUAUCACCACAGGCUACUCGGGAGCCUGUGUUGGCUUCACCGGUACUGCACCACGUAUCGGCCUGGAAGCCCUCUGCCUUCAAGAUGGUCCUGCAGGUGUCCGACCUGCUCGUCGCGUUUCGCAGUUCCCUGCAGGCGUCACUACGGCCGCUACGUGGGAUCGCGACCUGAUGGCGCAGCGGGCUGAAGCCGUCGCGGAAGAGUUCCGCGACAAAGGCGUCAACAUCUGGCUCGGCCCUGUCACCGGUGGUCCUCUCGGACGAGCACCACGAGGAGGCAGGAACUGGGAGGGAUGGAGCCCCGACGAGUACCUCACCGGCGAAGCCUCUUUCAUCACUGUCAAGCACGCUCAGAGCAAAGGCGUCGUCACCUGCGCCAAGCACUACAUUGCUUACGAGCAGGAGACGUUCCGAAAUCCCUACAACCUCACCGAGCCAUAUGACGUCUUUCCUCCACUCACGCAGAUGCCUAUCGAUUCCGUCAUUGACGACCGUACCUUGCACGAGCUCUAUCUCUGGUCGUUCGCUGAGGCCGUCCGAGCCGGUACCGGAACCGUAAUGUGCUCUUACAACGAGGUCAAUGGGACGCAUGCGUGCGAAGAUCAAUAUUCUCUCAACAAGCUUCUCAAGGAUGAGCUCAACUUCCAAGGAGCUGUCAUCUCCGACUGGGGAGGAACGUGGUCAAACGGUCCCUCGGCAUUGGGAGGCCUCGACGUAUCGAUGCCCGGCACUGCAUACAAUGGGAUGUUCGGCGACUUCUUCGGCGAGUCUCUCGAGAAGCUGAUCCAGAAUGGCUCCGUGCCCGAGGCGAGGCUUGACGAUAUGGUGCUUCGUAUCCUGACCCCUGCCUUUGAGCUGCAGGACGAAUCCUACCCAAAACCGUCGUUCGAUGUUCGAGACCUGACCCUUCCGACCAAUAACGUGCGUGGAAACCAUCACGAGGUCAUUCACCAGAUCGGCGCGGAUUCUAUCACUCUCGUCAAGAACAAGAACGCUGAUGGACGCGGUCUUCCGCUCAAGAGCCUCGAGGAGUUGCAGACGAUUGGCGUCAUCGGUCAGGACGCUGGUGACAAUCUAUACGGUGCUACGAGCUGCGGGGAGGACGGCAAGUGCAACAUCAACGCCUUCAAUGGCACUAUGACUAUUGGUGGCGGUUCCGGCUGGGCUUUCCCACCUUACGUCAUUACCCCAGCUGCUGCGAUCCAGGAGUACGUCCGCAACGUCGGACCCGAUGUCAACCUUCACCUCGACAACUGGGAUCUCGAGGGAGCCAAAGCUCGCGCCAACUCGAGCGAUGCAGCUCUCGUCUUUGCAAACGCAUAUGCUGCCGAGUUCAUUGACCGUCAGAACCUCACGCUCUGGGCCAACGCUGACAACCUUAUCAAGACGGUAGCUGAAAACAACAACAACACGAUCGUCGUCAUCCAUAGCCCCGGUCAGGUCGAUGUGGAGAAGUGGAUUGACCAUCCGAACGUCACCGCGGUGGUAUUUGCGUACCUCCCCGGACAGGAAGGUGGGGCUUCGCUUCCCAAGAUGCUGUGGGGUGAGACGAGCCCAAGCGGCAAGCUGCCAUUCACCGUUGCCAAGAAAGAGAGCGACUACCCACCAAACACAAUCAUCGACGAUCCGGUCUUGAAUCCCACCGCCAGUUUCACCGAAAAGUUGCUAAUCGACUACAAGUGGUUCGACUAUCACAACAUCACCCCUCGCUUCGCUUUUGGUCACGGGCUUUCGUACACUUCCUUCAACUAUUCGGACACGCUCAGCGUCACAUCGACGCCCAAACAGGAUCAGACGUCGAUCCAGCAAACGAAAGAAAAGCUCAUCAACAGCCAAGCUGGACUUUACGAUGUCGCAUUGACGCUCGAGACCGAGAUCACCAACAGCGGGAGCAUGGCCGCCUCCGAAGUUGUACAGCUCUACGUCGGCUUCCCUGCUUCGGCGGACUCGCACGACAACCCACAGCCAAUCAAGACGCUUCGCGGCUUCGAAAAGGUCAAGGACGUCAAGGCGGGUGAGACGAGGAAGGUCAGCUUUGAGUUGAGGAACAAGGAUAUUGCUGUCUGGUCGACAUUGAAUCAGGGUUGGAAGAUCCCGGAAGGGGGCGAGUUGUCGUUCAGUGUUGGCUCAAGCAGUCGGAAGAUUCAUUCCAAGACCACUUGGGUGUACCGAGGCUAG